AUGAUCGGAAUGAAUAUUCCACUGGGAUUGGGAUCAUCCACUCUCGAUAAUCAUCAUCACCUUAAUGUUGGUGUGUUGUGUGCGAAUGGUGAUGAUGAGUUGUUAUUAUCAAGUGCAAUGAGAGAUGUUUUGGUGGCUUCGAAAAUGGUUGGAAGAAAUGGAAGAGUUUCAUUGUUGGUACUGAGUGAAAAUAGAGAAAAGUUGUAUAGAAUGGGAGGUUUGGAGAGCGAGGAAGAGUUGAUUAAGGUAAUGGAUGAAUUGUUGAAGGACUUGUCAUUUAGUCCAAUUGACUUUACUUAUUUAGGAAAACAGCAUGAGCUGAAAGUGGAAUUGGAGAAGAAAGAAUCCUUUGAUGUAAUGAUUGGUAAUUUCCCUGGAUUCCAAUUGAGAGAGAAGAGAAAAAUGUUUGAGCUUUCAUUUGGAUUACUUAAAAAGGGAGGUGAAUUUUACUAUCAGGAUAUUUAUACCGAUAGAAGAUUGGACAAUUUGCAAAUUUCCGUCUUGCAAAACUCUGUCCACAGAUCCUUGAUUGCGCCUUCACAAAAGAGUCUCAUCAAUUUGUUUUCACAUGCCAUGUACAUUAAUGACUUUAUUAGAUUUGUGAAAAAGUCUGGAUUUGAAGAUCCAAGAGAAUUGAGUCGUUCCUCAAUGAUUUCCAUAUCGAUGGUACCACCAAAAGGUGAGGAGGAUAUGCAAGAUUUAUUUUCAGAGCUCUCGUCAUUCACUUCCACAUACAGAUUAUUCAAGUUAUUCGAUUUUGAACCAUUAUGUGAAGAUUAUGGACAAGUUGCUUAUUAUAAGGGAAGUAUUAAGGGCUAUCCACAAAGUUACCAAUUGGAUGGUACUCACAAAUUUGAAGCCCACAAACCAGUUCUAGUUUGUGGAAAUACUGCCUCAGUUCUUUCAGAUACUUGGUUGGGAAAUCACUUUAAUGUCGUUGGAAACCGUUCGAUUCACUUUGGGCUAAAAUCAAAAGGAGCUGCUCCAUCAAUGGCAACUUCUGGAGGCGGAAGUGGCUCAUCAUCCUGUGGUCCAUGUGGUGGAGGAGCUACAGGAGUUGCUUCAUCUUGUUCUAGUUCAAUAUCUUCAAGCGGAGUUUGUUUCUCAAAGAAAGUUUCAUUGAACGUUAAUGCAGAUAAUGUCAAGUUGACUCAAUUAGCUUCUGGAUUGGGAUGUGGAUGUAAGAUUAAUUCUCGAUUACUAGACAGUAUUUUACAGAAAUUGCCAAAACAACCAGAAAAUAAUUCAGUUCUGGUUGGAAAUUCAACCUGUGACGAUGCAGCAGUUUACAAAAUCAAUGAUCACGUUGCUAUUGUAAGCACCAUUGACUUUUUCGCUCCAAUUGUGGACAACCCUUACGAUUUUGGAGCUAUUGCUUGUGCUAAUGCCUUAAGUGAUGUCUAUGCAAUGGGUGGUAAACCACAAACAGCUCUCAGUGUUGUUGCCUUCCCAUCCAGAACUCUCCCAAUCGAAAUUCUCCAAGAAAUCUUGAGAGGUUCCAUCGAUAAAGCCAAUGAAGCUGGAGUUGCCAUUGUUGGUGGUCAUUCCAUCGAUGAUGAGGAACCUAAAUUCGGCAUGAGUGUAAAUGGCAUUAUUCAUCCUGACAAGAUUUUCAGAAAUGUUGGAUGUGAAGAAGGAGAUUUAUUAUUCCUCACCAAGAGAAUUGGAACAGGUGUCAUUACAUCUGCAAUGAAAUUGGGUAAUGUUCCAUAUGAAUCUGAAACAGCUCAAUCUGCAAUCAAUUCUAUGAAGACUUUGAAUAGAGAUACUUCGUAUGUGUUGAGAGAAAUGAAAUCUGUCUCUUCUUGCACUGAUGUGACAGGUUUUGGAUUACUAGGACAUUUGAAGGAAAUUAUGAAAGGAAGUAGAGAAAUCUGUGAGGAAAAUAAGGAUUUGGUAGCUCAAUUGAAUGCAAAGCAAAUUCCUCUUUUGGAUUCUUCUUGUCUAUCCUUAAUGAGAAUUGUUAUUCCUGGAGGAACCAAAACUAAUUUGGAAAAUGUUCAACAAUUCGUUGAAUUCGCCUCAACUCUAUCAAAGGAAGAACAAUUAAUUUUGGCAGAUGCUCAAACAAGUGGUGGCUUGCUGUUUACCAUUUCUCCUGAUGAGGAAGAAAAGCUGGUCAAUUCGUUCAAGGAAAAGAAUUUGAAUUUGUGGAAAAUUGGUGAAAUUGUGAAAAAACCAAACUCUGUCCUCAUUCAAGUUUUGGAUCAAUAA